AUGGCACGCAUCACGGCGAACGGCGUAAUCUCCGAGGCAUUUGCAGUGACAAAUGCAGUGGAGCAGGGCUGUGUACCCGCUCCUCCCCUUUUCGGCCUCAUAUUCACUUCCACGCUGAUAGACGCCUAUCGUGAUGAGCGUCCUGGGAUAGGCAUCGCCUUCAGAACCAACGGGCAUAUUCUCAACAGUAGGUGCAUGCAGGCCAUAAUGCAACUGACUACGACUACAGUCUGCGAUCUGCUCUUCUCCGACGAUUGCGCGCUCAACACCACGACUGAAGUGGACAUGCAAUGGAGCUUGGACCCCUUCACUGGCGAGUCUGUCAAUUUCAACCUGAAAAUCAACACGAACGAAACGGUGAUCAUGCACCAACCGUCACCGAACGCUGAAUGCAACUCCCCUCAGAUCACUGUCAACGGCAACCAACUCCAAACCGUGGACAAGUCCGCCCAUCUAGGAAGCAAACUCUCGCGCAACACAAACAUCGACGAUGAAGUUGCACGUCGGCUCUCCAAAGCCAGGCCUUUGGUCGGCCUCAAGUUUCCGUGUGGAAUAGUCACGGCCUUUAAUUGA